AUGGCAACUGCACAGCAAAUGCCCCCGGGGCCCCGGUCCGCCCGGCUAGCCGAUGACGCCGCGACCGCAGCACUAUAUGCGACGCAGCCUCGACGCAAGGCGUCUGUUCGUGAUGCCUCCGCAUCCGAUGCUCAAUACUUGAAUACACGAGCAACACGCGCCACUACCGAUCUUAGCCAUGCCUCCGCCGCUUCUGCCCUGGCGCAUGCGAAUCAGAAACCGAUCGAAGUAUGGCGCCCGGGUCGACUCACCGACGCCGAAAAGGCCGCGUUCCAUGUGAAAGAUUUCUCCCCUCCCGAGAUUCCUCUACCGAGUACCCGAUAUAGCGCAGAAGGGUUGGGGGCAGCCAUCCUUGCUGUGCGAGAGCAGAGAGCCAUGACUGGCCAAUCGCCAAACCAACAGGCCACCACCCAGCAUGAUGCUUCCCGAUCGGGCCAUAUCCAGGAUAAGGCGCGCCGCGCAGCCACCGGUGCAUAUGCGGCUCGCCAAAGGGCGGACUCUGCACCCAGUGAACCGGUCAAGACAACCGAUUCGAAUUGGGCGCUCUCUGCUGCUGGUUUAUCGCACCGCGCUCAGGUAGAAAACGGAGGUCCUCUGGCCCACCUUGAUAACGCGAUGGAACAGAGCCGGAUCACUCAUGCAGCAAAGACUAAUGCUCGUCUCUACACCUCCUCCCCGCCCAUCGCGAGUGAAGUUCAAGAGCGUAAUCGCAGGAACUCGCUCCAUGCUGCAGCUCUCGUCAUGGCGAGGGAUAUGUAUGAUAUCACUGGUCCGACUGGCGAGGCUAACAACCUGGACCCCGCCGUCUCUGCAGCUCGAAACGGUCAGAGUCAACUAGAAGCACGGAAGACCGUCAGCGGAGCGACUGUAUCAGCAGGCCGACGGGCCUUGACUUUGCAGGAAACGGCGCAAAGGCGGGCUGCAGAGAAGUUGGCCCGCAUGCGAGAUGAGCACGCCGAGAUGCAGCAGUAUUAUGGCACCGCCCCUCAGCCUCAACGGUCGCUCCUAUCUGCUCGACGAAAGAGAACCUCUAGUGACGCAGAUGUGACUCAAGUUGACGCAGAACAAUCGAGACAGAUUCGUAAUCAAAUGUUCAGCUUGCGAAAUAAAAUGAACAAAGUCGAUGAACAACGACAAAAGGAUCGUGACUUGCUAAUGGAAGCAGCCCGUCGCAACGUCGAUGCUCAAAUCCACGAUAUGGAAAUGAGAGUAUAUGCCGACACUGGCCGAGCCCCGCCUUCCAUCCAAAAACAAUGGGAUGAAGCUGCCCGAGAAAAAGUUCGCCAGGAAGCGGACGCCGCAGAAGCCGAGAGCGCCCCCGCCAAUCGGGUCAAUAUCGGCGCAUCACGGUACAUGGACAAGGCUGAUGUCGAGGCCGUUGCACGUUCCCGUGUUCAACCAACGCUGGACGAGAUCACGGACCAAGCUGAGCGACGUAGAGCUGAAGAGAUGGAGGCGCGCCUUGACGCGGAAGAGAAACAGAGGCAGGCUGCAAUCCAGAAGGAGCGCGAAGCAAGUUUGAACCGAGCAGAAAAACGAGAUGGUGUUUCAGAGAAGCGUGGGAGCAAGGGACUAAAGUUCUUCACGUGGAAGCGAAAGAGCAAGCAACCGCAGGAGGAGAAGGCGGAUGUCGAAGAAGCAGCAGCUCAAGAAGCGACUGAUGAACAGCCCACUGAGGAGGCCCCUGUAGCUCAAGGGGCCGUGGUUGCGCCCGAGGCUGAAGAAGCUCCUGCUCCUACCCCCGAAAUUCAAGAGCCUGUCAGCGCCGCUGCUCCAGAGCCCAAGGACGAAUCCAAACCUGAGCAGGAAGCCGUAUACGCUCCAAGUGAGGCUGUUCGACAGAACGGUGGUAUGCCCUCCAGAUCCGGCAUGAAAAAUCUGGAGGGCGUUGCUCCGAUCUCUCCACCUGUUAGUCUCACAUACGAGCCAGCUCAGGACGAUAAUCGUCCUGGUAUGCUGAGAUCUCACACCGGACCACGCGACGCUGCUGCCACCGGUGGAGUGUCCGCCAUGCAAAAUAUUCAGCCCAUUACCAGUCCACGCGCCGACUCGAAGCUCAAGACUUGGUUCCGCGAUAGACUCGUUCGUCGCACAAGCGAACCCCAACCCUUGUACCCCCACCAGCCCGGUCCGGAAUACAGCGACAGCGAGUCUGCGUUCACCGGGGGAGCAGCUCUCACCGGGAGAAUCGAACCUCGCGGGGCAGCGCUAAGCUCGCACCCCGUUAGUACCGAAGACCUCGAGUCCGAGCACGGUGAAAACGGCGGAGUACAUGAGGAGCCUGGAAACAUCCAGCAGGCGGUGCAAAAUGGAAAUUCCAACGAGACUAGCAAGAGACAUCGUCUUCGCCGGAGUUUGCUGAAAACCGUUUCACGCAACUCACAAGAGCUAAAAACUAACGGUACCGACCACAAGCGUCAAAGCUCCGAAGCUAUUCCUACUAGCGAGUUGCAGGGAUUACGUGACAGCGCUGUCGAACAAGGUCUGCCCGCACCACCCGUUCUCAGCGAUUCUCUAAGUAUACGCCGGCAAUCGAGAUUCUCUGAGGAUCUAUGA